UGAGCAUGAGCAGAUUGGGCGGAGCAGCCGCCGUCGCCCCGCUCGUCGCUGACAUGUCUUCGGAGAGCGGCGGCGGAGCCGGAAGAGCAGGCGGAGCGGGAACGCUGAGGAGUAGUAACGACGGCCUGACGGCGGCGGAACAGCAGGUGGUGAAGUUGCUGGAGGAGGACAUGGGUUCAGCGAUGCAGUACCUGCAGGGGAAAGGCCUCUGCCUCAUGCCCAUCUCCAUCCGAAGCUGUGGCGCAGAAACGAGAAACGGUGAAAAAAUUGGUUUGUUUGAUAGAAGAAGGGGCGUCCGAGGUAUUGUGGAUCCCAUGCACCAGCCUGUUAUCCUUCCACCGUUGAAGGUGGGUAGAUGUGAUUGCUCUGUGAAACCAGCCUCAUCCAGUGUACCCAUUAUGAACCAGCAACAUCACGCCUACGCCUGA